UUCUGUGUUAUAUUUUAUCAUUCAAGCCCUUGUCGUACAGACCCCUCCUUACCUCAUAUAUCUUGACUGGGCAGGUUUGAUCAAAGGGAUAGCAAAUCAAUGAUUGGCCCUCUGGUUACAUGUGACCCGUAGCUGUUGACUCAUUACCCAGAAACGUAAACUUCUCCUUACAUGGGUGUUGACCGUGAAGGUUAGGCGGGCUCUUGCUCUUAGACCGAGAGCAUCACUUUCUGUUUUUAUACUUGCUGGACAUUUGCUUGACACUUUCAGGAAUGACGACAAAGAUGCAGCUUGGAUGGAAGGUAUUCCUGAUACUCACAGUGCUUCCCUGCUGCAGGAGUUUAGAGGUUUCUAUUCCAGAGAGAACAUAUGAGGUAGUGAGAGGAGGUGAUAUCACUUUGACCUGCUCCUUCGUCCCAGCCAGACCAGUCGCCAACGCACUCGUCAUCACAUGGGAAGCUUACCCUGAGAAAGUUGGUGAGCCAAUGGACGCAGUGGCCACUUACUUUAUAAACAAUCCAGUCGACAUUGCACCUAAUUAUGAAGGCAGAGCCACGAUGGAGGUCAGCCUUGAAAAUCAAGUGAGCACGCUCACCUUAACCAAGGUGACCAUGCAGGACAGCCGCAGUUACCAAUGCAGUGUCAUGAUCCCCAACGAUGACGAGGGAACAACAGCUGCUGCCACUUCCCUUUUGGUUCUUGUGCCUCCCUCUCCGCCGAUCUGCAGGGUUCAGGGAGAAGCAGCAUACUUUCACAACAUCACCCUCACCUGUUCGUCCCAGGAGGGAUCCCCACAGCCUGAAUAUGUUUGGAGCAGCUACAAUGUUGAAAACCUUCCCAGAGAUUUACCACCUAGGGCAAACCAAAACCAUGGAAUUCUAUCUCUCUUCAAUAUUUCAAAAGACACGUCUGGGUUCUACAUUUGCACAUCAACAAAUCGUAUUGGUUCUGCCAGAUGCAACUAUACCUUAGUUGUGACUCCUGGGAGCAUGAACAUUGGGUCCACUGCAGGUAUAAUUGUAGGAGUCCUCGCAGGUGUUGUGCUGCUGGCAAUUUUAAUUUUCUGUUGCUGCAAGAAAAAGGGCAAAAAGGAGAAGUAUGCUGAAGGUUCCCCUGAAGAAACGGCGUAUUAUGACAGAGACGCUCCUGAAGUUGGAGAGCCGUACUUGGAUGACAAGUCGAAGGGCGAGACAAAGCAGGUCAACCAGCAUGAAGUCAAAGGCCUUCCUCCAAACAAUUACAGCGAAGAACCAGCCGCACACAAGUUUGAGGACGAUCACCACAGUUAUAAUAGCAGCAAAGAAAGGUACGAUGGCAAGGGCAGCGAUGUUGACUCUCAGCGUUACCAGGACGACCAGCAUGAUCGCCGCCGUGGGAGUCGUGAUCGCCUUGACGAUCAGCAUGAUCGUUAUGGAGGUAGUCGCGAUCGCCUUGACGAUCAGCGUGAUCGUUAUGGAGGCAGUCGUGAUCGCCUUGACGAUCAGCGUGAUCGUUACGGGGGCAGUAGGGAUCGUCUUGAUGAUCAGCGCGAUCGUUAUGGGGGCAGUCGGGAUCGCCUUGACGAUCAGCACGAUCGUUACAGAGGCAGUCGGGAUCGCCUUGAUGAUCAGCGCGAACGUUAUGGAGGCAGUCGGGAUCGCCUUGACGAUCAGCGUGAUCGUUAUGGGGGCAGCCGUGAUCGCCUUGAUGACCAGCGUGAUCGUAACAGAGGCAGCCGUGAUCGCCUUGAUUACAAUGACGAUCAAAGCAGAAACCGGUAUUAAUAACCUUGUGUUACUGAACGUUAUAACGCUCUAAAAUCUUUUCUUUUAUGCACUAAAACAUUUUAUUGGGUUUAUGGAUUGGCUUAGUUCCCCGUCACAAACAGCCAAAGUAAAAUUAUUUUGCGCAUCCUCACAAAUAUUGUAAAUUAUCAUGUAGAAGCCAGUAUUCAAAUCAUAGUGUAGGGAAGAGUAGAAAUAAGAAGUAGAGGCUUGUCUCUUAUAUAAGCCUGUCUAACAUAAGAGCCUGAUUAUCUCUUCUACUGAAGUAAAUUACGGCCACUAUUUGAGAAUUUUACAGUAGGGUGGUGCUCAAACCUUGGUGAUAUUAGCCCCGUUUCUACCAAACACUUUCGGUAUGGUACCUUUGGAACCCAAAGUAACCCUUCAGACAUGAUACCUAGACCCUAGUCCACCCUACUCCACUGCAAACAGUCCUCUUAAAUGUGGGCGGGGUUGUUGUCACUCACUGCUCCGUCCAGCACUCACUGUAUUUCCUCAUUACCGGUGACACAGAGGGAAGUCUGCACCUCGUUCAUCGUCCACAGAACGAGGCUGCAUGCCGAUGUUUUCAGAACAAAAUAAAACAGGCUGCAGUGAGAGUCUCUCUCUAUGGGAUAUUUAAAAAUAGCGGGUUUGUGGAUUUAGUCCUUCUCAGGCAAGCUCAGGGGAUCAGUGUUGCUGGAGCUCACAGGAACAACGCUCCGUGCCACUUUUUUCCCCUCAGAGUGAGGAUUUUAAUAUGCGCACUUCAUAUAAUCCGGCCGAAAUUAAUAUAUAUUAACACUUGAAGAUCCACUCAUUACUAAAAGUGUAUGUCAUAUAAAAACUGGUUAUGGUCAAAGUUGUCACAGUGAAAUUUAAGGUGUGUUGAUGGAUUCACAUCAUCGGCGCCCCAUGUACAGAGGCAUCGCCUCGCUGCAGCGGCCGCGGGUUCGAAUCCAACUCGCGGCCCUUUGCUGCAUGUCAGUCCUCACUCUCUCUCUGUUGCCCGAUUUCACUCUCUGUCCUGUCAAUAAAGGCAAAAAGCCCAUAAAAAUAAUCUUUAGCAGCCACCAGGAGUAGUCAGAAGUAUGUUUCGGAUGAUGAUGAUGAUAAACAUCUUCACAAAACAAGAAUUAAAAUUAUUUUCAUAUUGUAUAAAACAGAAUGAAGUACUUUCUCUAAACAUCAACGUGAAUAAAACUAGAGCUUUAUGUCAGAAAGAGUUUUUUAUGUCCAGAAAACCCAGUAUGGCCAGUAUAGAUGCUGCAUAACAGUCACAUCUCACAGAGUCUCUACAGUUAGCUGACUGGGAGCAUCCUGAUUCAAACUGGGUUGAAACCAGAAUACAUUAGCCUUCAGGUAACCUGACUUAAAUUUACAUAUUGUGUUGUUUCAUUACUUAUUGACCAAGGUCCUCGAAGCCAAGGUGCUGUCAACAUAUAUAACACAUAUGUAUUUGAUGUAAAUAAUUUAGUGUUUGCUGUAUGAUGAAAUCAACUCUGCAGCUCAAAUCCUGUGAUGUUAAGAACAGAACAUUUAAUUUUUAGAUACUUUUUAGCAUUGAUAUUGUUUUUGUUUUUUUCUUUUUAUAGUUUUUUGUUUUGUUUUGUUUUGUUUUUCAUGAUUACUUGCCCAAUGCCUUAACUACACAUAUUCAGGCCCUUAUCUACUGCAGUAAUUCGGGCAUAGGUGUUAAAAAAUAGUUUCAGGCAAAAAAAAAAUACUAUUCUUCUGUCAUAUAAAUGUGUACAUUAUCUUUGAUUUUAAGUCUCCUUUUCAUGUGUAGUUGUAAUCAAAAGUAAUAAAGUGCCUCAGCUGAAUCUGGACUAGAUUUUAAUCUACACUCUCCGGCCACUUUAUUAGGUACACCUUGCUAGUACAGUUGCUGCAGAUUUGUCAGCUGCACAUCGAUGAUGCGAAUCUCCCGCUCCACCACAUCCCAAAGGUGCUCUACUGGAUUGAGAUCUAGUGACUGUGGAGGCUCAUCCAGACUAAUCAGACCAGGCAACGUUUUUCCAAUCUUCUAUUGUCCAGUUUUGGUGAGCCUGUGUGAACUGUAGCCUCAGUUUCCUGUUGCUAGCUGACAGGAGUGGCACCUGGUGUGGUCUUCUGCUGCUGUAGCCCAUCUGCUUCAAGGUUGGACGUGUUGUUGGUUCAGAGAUGGUCUUCUGCAGACCUUGGUUGUAACCAGUGGUUAUUUGAGUUACUGUUGCCUUUCUAUCAUCUUGAACCAGACUGGCCAUUCUUCUCUGACCUCUGGCAUCAACAAGGCAUUUUCACCCAGAGAACUGCUGCUCACUGGAUGUUUUCUCUUUUUGGGACCAUCCUUUGUAAACCCUAGAGAUGGUUGUGUGUGAAAAUCCCAGUAGAUCAGCAGUUUCUGAAAUACUCCAAGAACAACCAUGUCACGUUCAGGGUCACUUAAAUCACCUUUCUUCCUCCUUCUGAUGCUCGGUUUGAACUGCAGCAGGUUGUCUUCACCAUGUCUACAUGCCUAAAUGCAUUGGGUUGCUGCCAUGUGAUUGGCUGGUUAGCUAUUUGUGUUUAAAAGCAGUUGAACAGGUGUACCUAAUAAAGUGGACAUUUAGUGUAUUUUCAAACGUAUCUUUAACAUGUGUGUGGAAAAACUCUUUGUAUUGCUAAUUAUGUUUUUGCUUUUUUAUCGGUUUGAUUUUACUGAAUUGAAUUUACUUACAGUGAUCUUUGUGAGCAACUUUUUGUUUUUGUUUUUUGUUGUUGUGUGUAAUAAAUGGUUUCCAUUGACUUCCCAUUGAUGUGGGCUAUUUUUUAUAUGAAGACAAAUUUAAAUCAAGUUCAAUAAAGAAAGUGGGUCACAUGUCGCCGUUUUGUGUGCAGUAAAAAUUCCUCAAAACUC